AUGUUAUUCGUUUUUCCAUUUGUUGUGCUGUUGAUUAUCAGAGACACGGCGGGCUACAAUGAUUUUCCGUCACUCGUUACGGCUAACGCGUCAAUGGCCGUGGUCAUCGAGAAAGAUUUUUUCGAACACGUCGAGUAUUAUCACAAAAUGCUAUCGGAGAUCUCGGAUAUCAUCGCCCACGUGGUUGGAAAAACCAUGAAAACCGGUGGAAUCGACUUUGCAGUGUAUGGCGAUUCGAACGUCAAUUUGCGACGAGUGGACUACACGGUCUUGUUCACCGUGGCGACUUGCGAAUCAACUUGGCACCUGCACAAACAAGCCGAGAAAGAGAAACUUGUGCAUCUCGCGAUAACGGAUCCCGAUUGCCCGAGAAUACCCGAGAACUUUGGCGUGGGCUUGCCGCUAAUCGUCCCGGGCGAGGAGCUGCCCCAGAUUUUCUUCGAUCUCCGAGUGAGCAGCACACUAUCGUGGCCCAAAAUCAACUUUAUCCACGACGACACCCUCGCUAGAGACACCAUCAGCCGGGUGGUGAAAGCCCUGUCGGUCGAGCUUCCGGACGAGCGACUCACGUUGUCGGCCCGAGCCCUGUUCUCGACCAAGUUCGAGAGGAACGAGGUGGCGAUGCGCCAACGCCUCCACAAGAUCCUCGCGGACUUUCGCGUCGAGCAGCUCGGCACCUGUUUCAUGGCCAUCGUGACGUUCGACAUGGUGUUCUCGAUCCUCGAAGUCGCGAGGUCGUUGAAGAUGCUCCACCCGGAGAGCCAGUGGCUGUUCGUCAUAAGCGAGAGCUCGGACCAGGAGACCAACUUCACGUCACUGGUGCACUUCCUCCGCGAGGGCGAGAACGUGGCUUUCGUGCGCAACGCCACCGACGUCCAGCCAAACUGUAACAUGGGUUUGGCGUGCCACGUGAAAGAGAUGAUUCGAGCCUUGGCCAAAAGUUUGGAAAAUUCGCUGAUGAGCGAACAGGAGCUCUACGAUCGCGUUACCGAGGAGGAGUUCGAAGUCGUCAGGCUGACAAAAGCCGAGCGAAAAGUCGAAAUCAUUAGGAAUAUGAACAGGGAGCUGUCUAGUGCCCGCUCACUCCCCGGUUCCGGCUGCGGGGGAUGUUUGACCUGGAAACUGGUAUCAGCCAUCGUGUGGGGCAUGUCCUUCGAUGCCCCGGAAUCUGCCGCGAGAGGAGGGCCGUGGUUACAGGAAACGGGCGACUGGAGUCCCGGACCCGGGAUUCGUAUGACCGAGCCACUCUUCCCGCACAUCAGCCACGGCUUUCGCGGCAUUUCCCUGCCCGUCGUCUCCUUCCACAAUCCGCCGUGGCAGAUAAUCAAGCAUUCGAACAAUAGCGGACCCGUGUACGGUGGCCUCGUCUUUGACAUAUUGCGACAAUUGAGUGCUAAAUUGAAUUUCACGUACACGGUGCGUCUGCCCUCGACUCUCACCCCCACGGCAUCCACGGCGCUGCGGAGCGACGACGACCACUCGUCAAAGGAUACCGCAAUCGCGGCCAUAUCCGUAGGCCAUAAGGUGCCGCACCAGGUAGCAGAGCUUGUGCGGUCGCGCAAGGUGUUCUUGGCCGCGGUCGCCCUCACCGUGGGCGAGAAAGUACACGAGGUCAACUUCACGGCCUCCGUCGCCGAUCAAACCUACGCCCUGCUCUCCGCCAAGCCGAAACUACUCAGCCGGGCCCUCCUCUUCGCUGCCCCCUUCACCGGAGCUACCUGGAUCUGCCUGUCAUCGAUGAUUCUGGUGAUCGGCCCGAUUUUGCAUCUCACGGUGCGCUACAGUCCGCGGCCCCUCGACCCGCGCGACAAAACUGCCCUGUCGAGCCUGUGGCAGUGCUCCUGGUACGUUUACGGUGCCCUGCUCCAGCAAGGUGGUAUGAGCCUGCCCAGGGCGGACAGCGCUCGGCUGAUCGUCGGCACGUGGUGGAUCGUGGUGAUGGUCGUGGUGGCCACCUACUCGGGCUCGCUCAUAGCUUUCCUCACUUUUCCCCGGAUGGACGCGACCAUCGACACAAUCGACGAUCUCCUGGCCCGCGGUUCCGACUACCGGUGGAGCUUCCCCAACGGCAGCGCCCUCGAGGCUUACCUCGGCUACGCGGCCGCCGCCAACGAACGCUACAAGGAGCUGCUGGCGGCCGCUGAGAGGCAGGACCCGACCAAGCCGCUGGAGAUCCUCGAGCGCGUCAAGUCAGAGAGCCACGUGUUCAUCGAUUGGCGGGUGUCGCUCACUUUUCUCAUGGGGAUCGACCUCAACGACACCGGGACGUGCAACCUCCAUCUCAGCGCCGACGACCUCAUGUCCGAGAACCUGGCCAUGCUCGUGGCCGCCGACAGUCCCUACCUGCGGCUCGUCGAUGCGGCGAUCAAGAGGAUGCACGAGUCGGGCCUGAUUAAGAAGUGGACCGAGGACAAGGUGGUGGCGAAGAACAAGUGCUCGGAGGGGAUGAGCGCGAUACAGGAGGCCACCAAUCACAAGGUCAACAUGAGCGACAUGCAGGGGAUAUUUUUCGUCCUGGCCAUCGGGUUCACUUGUGCCUUCGCCACCAUCGCCACCGAGUACUUUUGGCACAGGAGGAAGGAAGCCGCCGCCCAGAAACUCGUCCGUCCGUUCGUGUCCUAA